GGCAGGAUAAAGGCAGAGCGCCGGCCCUGAGUGGGCUGCUGGGGUGAGCGCACCUGCCACUGGGGCUGGAUGAGCUGGGACACAGGGCCGGCCACGGCGGGAAAGAUGCUACACGAGCGGACGGUGCGGCUGCAGUACGGGAGCCGCAUAGAGGCGGUGUAUGUGCUGGGCACGCAGCUCUGGACCGAUGUCUACAGCGCAGCCCCCGCCGGGGCCCACACCUUCAGCCUGAAGCACUCGGAGCGCGUGCAGGUAGAGGUGGUACGUGAUGGGCAGGCCGAGGAGGUGGCCACGAAUGGCAAACAGCGCUGGCUCCUCUCACCGAGCACCACGCUGCGGCUCACCAUGAGCCAAGCAAGCACCGAGGCCAGCAGUGACAAGGUCACCGUCAACUACUAUGAGGAGGAGGGGAACAUCCCCAUCGACCAGGCUGGGCUCUUCCUCACGGCCAUUGAGAUCUCCCUGGAUGUGGAUGCCGACCGGGACGGCGUGGUGGAAAAGAACAACCCAAAAAAGGCAACCUGGACCUGGGGCCCCGAGGGCCAGGGGGCCAUCCUGCUGGUGAACUGUGACCGAGACACGCCCUGGUUGUCCAAGGAGGACUGCAGUGACCAGAAGGUCUACAGCAAGGAAGACCUCAAGGACAUGUCCCAAAUGCUCCUGAGGACCAAAGGCCCGGACCGCCUUCCUGCCGGAUAUGAGAUAGUUCUCUACAUUUCCAUGUCGGACUCGGACAAAGUGGGCGUCUUCUACGUGGAGAACCCCUUUUUCGGCCAGCGUUAUAUCCACAUUCUGGGCCGCAAGAAGCUCUACCAUGUGGUCAAGUACACGGGCGGCUCUGCGGAGCUGAUGUUCUUCGUGGAAGGUCUGCGUUUUCCCGACGAGGGCUUCUCAGGCCUGGUCUCCAUCCACGUCAGCCUGCUGCAGUAUAUGGCUGAGGAGAUUCCCCUGACACCCAUCUUCACUGACACCGUGAAAUUCCGUAUUGCUCCAUGGAUCAUGACCCCCAACAUCCUGCCCCCCGUGUCGGUGUUUGUGUGCUGCAUGAAGGACAACUACCUGUUCCUGAAAGAGGUAAAGAACCUGGUAGAGAAAACCAACUAUGAACUGAAGGUCUGCUUCCAGUACUUGAACCGAGGUGACCGCUGGAUCCAGGAUGAAAUCGAGUUUGGCUACAUUGAGGCCCCCCACAAAGGCUUCCCUGUCGUACUGGACUCCCCCAGAGAUGGGAACCUGAAGGACUUCCCAGUGAAGGAGCUCCUGGGCCCAGAUUUCGGCUAUGUGACCCGGGAGCCUCUCUUUGAGCCUGUCACCAGCCUUGAUUCCUUUGGGAACCUGGAAGUCAGUCCCCCAGUGACUGUGAAUGGCAAGACAUACCCCCUGGGCCGGAUCCUCAUCGGGAGCAGCUUUCCUCUGUCCGGUGGCCGGAGGAUGACCAAGGUGGUGCGCGACUUCCUGCAGGCCCAGCAGGUGCAGGCGCCCGUGGAGCUCUACUCUGACUGGCUGACCGUGGGUCACGUGGACGAGUUUAUGACCUUCGUUCCCAUCCCAGGCACAAAGGAAUUCCGGAUGCUCAUGGCCAGCACUGCAGCCUGCUACAAGCUCUUCCGAGAGAAGCAGAAGGAAGGCCACGGGGAGGCCAUCAUGUUCAAAGGCUUGGGUGGGAUGAGCAGCAAGCGAAUCACCAUCAACAAGAUUCUGUCCAAUGAAAGCCUCGUGCAGGAGAACCAGUACUUCCAGCGCUGCCUAGACUGGAACCGUGACAUCCUCAAGAAGGAGCUGGGGCUCACAGAGCAGGACAUCAUUGAUCUGCCCGCUCUGUUCAAGAUGGAUGAGGACCGCCAGGCCAGAGCCUUCUUCCCAAACAUGGUGAAUAUGAUUGUCCUCAACAAGGACCUGGGCAUCCCCAAGCCCUUCGGACCGCAGGUGGAGGAGGAGUGCUGCCUCGAGAUGCACGUGCGCUCCCUGCUGGAGCCCCUGGGCCUCUGCUGCACCUUUGUCGAUGACAUCUCUGCCUACCACAAGUUUCUGGGGGAAGUCCACUGUGGCACCAACGUCCACAGGAAGCCCUUCACCUUCAAGUGGUGGCACAUGGUGCCCUGACCUGCAGGGGUUGCUCUGUGCUGGCCUCAGCCUAUCAGUAACCAGCGCUGUGGCUGGACCAGACCCUGUGGUUCUUACUAUGAUUGCAAAAUGCCCUUUGGCAAUAACCAUCUGGAAAUUUUGGGGGGGAAAGUUGAUUACUUACAGGACCUUGAAAUUACAUGGCACACCUGGGGCCACACAGUGAGGUCAUGGGAGAGAGUGUGCGCAGGGCUGGGUUUCCCCUUACUGGGGUCUAGGUUGGGGGCCUAGGGUUUCCAGGACUCGCUCUUUGUUAGUGAACUUAAAAUGUAAGAACCAGAAUUUAAAGCUAGGGAAGAGAAAAAACAAGCAGCCCGAAUGAUCAUAGGUUGAAACCAAUGAAGGGUUUUUAAACAAAGGGCCUUGCAGGGAGGGUGACUGUGCAGCCUACUCUUCUCUCUGGUUGUGUGGCUGGCAGUGUGCUUAUUUGACAUAGUGUCUUUGAAAUGGGUGCCUCCAUAAUUGAAGCUUAAGUCAGGCACCUGCAAUACAAAAAGAGGAAACCCAACUGUCAGGGCUGCACUACAGAGGCCUUGGCCUUCCAUCCUUCCCUGCAUCCUCCACACCCCUCCUGCAACCCCCCGCCUGACUGGGCUGGGCAGCCCCAGGCAGGGAUUUGGGAUAUCUGUGCCUCGCCAUCCCUCAGAAGGGCCUCCAUGUCCACUAAAGUCACCCCCAGCGAGUCUCAAAUUUGUCCUUGUUGAAAACAGCUGGACAUUUGGCCAGUGUCUGUACAACCCUGACAUGAAAAACAAAACACAAAACCACGUACCCAAACCAUUCCCCAAAGAACCCUUAGCUUCUUGUCUGAAACUGAAAGGGACAAAGGGGAGGAGGCUCGGAUCGCCAGUCCGCCCUGUGCCCCGAUGGUCAAGACAGCCUACCUUCAACUGCCAUCGCUACUGCAAAUUCACCUCCCUUGGGGUGUCCAGGUGGCCGCCUGCAGUGAUCCAUUCCUUACCAGCCUCUCUCAAACCCCUUGGCUUUCUCUCUGCAGUGUAGACACCAAUGGCUAGCUUUCCCAUUCCCGGAGGGUCCAAUGAUUUAGCUGAGAACCUUCCCUGGAAACAGAUUUUAUCAGAGAAGCCUUCUCAUUCUCAAGAUGCUCCUUAUGCCUCCUCUUUCUCAUGGACACAAGCUCUCCCACGUGCUUGGGGGUUUCUCCCCAGACCAGCAUCCUCGUGGCCUGAGAGAUCAGCAUGUGCAGAUGCCCCGAGGUCAGCCAUAUCCAUCUUCCCUUGUCCAGUCCUCAGUUCUCUGGCCAGUCCCAGACCUCUCUCCUCUCACGACCUCCCCGGCAUCUAUUCCUGGUGCCUUCUCUCCAGGCAACUACAAAAGGACUUCUUCACCACCAGCCAGCCUCAGACCUUCCCCAGGAUAUAAUUAAAGACCUACACCUCCUCCCCAGAUAGGAGACCCAAAACAUAAGGCCCCUUGCCUAGCCUCCAGCCUGACCAGCCAGUUCUGGGCCAACCACUGGCCUUAGAGAUAGAUUGAUUAUCCCACUGAAGUUCACCAGUGCCUUUGCUGAAGACCCUCUCAUUUGGACGUACCCAGAUUAAUUCCCUGGCUCCAACUGAAAAGAUUCCACUUCAACUAAAAAAAGUUCCUUUAGGGCCAGUUGUCAGGAGAAUAAGUGAAUUACAAUUCCACUUGGAGGGUUAAAAAGAACCAAUUUAUAACUUGUGGAAAGGUUAUAAAUUUGUAUUCUUGGGAGAACGGGAUUUUCUUCUUGAAUUAUUUUAUUCACUCAUUCAACAAACAUUUGUCAUGUGCCUACGAAGUGCCAGUCACAGUGCUGGGCCCUGUGGAUACAUCAGGCAACUGGACCUGGUCCCUGCCUCAUGGACCAGUCAGUUCCCAACAUGCAAUGCCCAUGUUUAAAUAGCCAGCAUUUGCCCUUUCCAUGUGUGCUCUUUAGAAAGGCCAAUCUACUAUUAUUUGGAAAUGCACAGGGCACAGAGCUUCCUGUAAGUUACUGUCCAGGGAAACAGGAGGAGGGAGGGUCUUCUUAAACGGUCUCCUUCCCAUCUAGCUGGGCCAGUACCCAAGAGAUCAGACCCCAGAGCCUUCAGAAGCCGUAUCUGUCCCCCACUGCCAAAGCCCCAGAUCUCUCCAACCCCAGAGCUGGAGACACCAAGUGCCUAUUUGAGGGUGUUUAUGUGGAGACUUAUUUAGAGUUUAUCAUGUGUGUGUGUUUGGUUAAUGUGGGUUUUUGGACUUGCUUUCAUUUUUUUUCUAGUCUGCCUUCAGAGGAAGUGAGCACCUCCCAUGUAGAGAUAAUCUGUGUUUAUAGGUUUUUCUAAGGCUCUCCCCUUCGAUAAAUCAGUCAUUUCUGAGGAUCCUGGAUCCCCCACAACUCAGACCCCCAUUCCCAUCUUGCUUGCCCACCCGUGUGACUACCUGCAAUGUGGACAUUCCCCACCCCAUGGACUCGUUGCUCUUCUCCUCCCACCACCUUCUAUAAAUGUAGGCCUCGAAUACACUUCUGUGUUGCAAAACUUG